GUGUACGGACGUCCGUCACACUAUCUCACGAACAGCUAUCAGAUAGGCCCGCGACGACAACAGCGCCGCCGCCGCCGACACCAGCACGAUUUUGUCGACCGCAACCACCACUACCGUGUACCGGCAGUGUCCACGUCACCAUCGCGGCAACGCACCGACGGUGACGACGGUUCGAAUCCAGGAUACCAGCGACCGGCCGCCACUACCGGUAAGACGCAGGUCGUGGUAUAUACGCACUCUGGAAGUCGUCUUCGGUACGCGUUCACAGGCCAUAAUAGUAUGACAACGAUGUAUCGUCGUAUGGUUGGUUCGACCGAGCGGUAGUAUCGCGACGCGUUGUCGAUCGUCAUCGUCAUUCCACAUUUCCACGGCCAGCACGGCAAGCAACGACACCUUUUACCGAAGAAUACGCCGAGAAUCGUUCGGGUUUAGUUUUUGGGGCGGCGGCAACAGCAACAGCAGUUACCCACCUGCCUACCUGUGUACGGUAUAAUAUCAUCGCAGCAUACGCUUCAACAGACGGGGCAUAAAUCAUUAGGUCGUCGGGGCUUACGGCCAUCACCGCAGUGCGGUAGGCACGUAUAUAGUACACAUAUAUAUAGUAACCGGAAAAUUACGUCGGAAAAACGAUGAUAAAGAACACUUUGGUCGAGACUGCGGCUGCCGCCACUGAAGCAGCUGGCGUGCGGGCAGUGGCGUUGGCACUGCUCGUCACAGUGGCGUUUAGCUGCGCGUUUUUCUUCAUGAUGCGUUGGGCAGCGUCUGCUACGUCUGCCGAACGGCGGCGGAGGUCGACGCGCCACCAACGCGGAAACGACGGGGACGGUUUCACGCCGGCGUCGAAGCAGAAAAAGUCAACGUCGGCCGCGGUCCAGCCAAAGAAGAAAAACAGCGGCAAAAACGGCGCCGUCCGGUCGCAGGCGUCCGCCAGCACCAACACCGGCGCGGUGGCGGGUGCUACCGGCUCCAAUGGUUUCGGCAAUGCCUCGUCCAACGGCAAGAACGGCGACAAGAAGAGGAAAAAGGGCGCCGCCGACGUUGACGCGAACAAGACGGCCGAAACCGCCGCUGGCAACGGUCGCGCGGCCCGGCGCCAACGGCAGCAACAGGAGCAGUCCCGCAGUGGCGGCGAAAGUUCGACGCACAGUGGCGACUACAACUCGGCGACGGCCACUGAUAACGACGAUCGCCGUCGCCGCUCGUCGUCCUGGUCGUCGCACAGCCUGCACGAGGAUCACCUGAUCGUGGACGACCCGGCAGCCAACGCGUACAACGACGACGACGAUCCGGAUCAGGGCGAAUGGAUCACAAUGACUAGCGGUAAUAGUGGUGCCAAUUCAGCCGCUGUUGUCAACAAUAGCAACAGCGAAUCAAAUCGGAGAAAACAGAAUCAACGGCGUGAUGAUACUUCAACUAAAUUUGAACGUCGGCGUCUUCAGCAUGAGAAAGAACCGCGAAAUGAGAAACAACAAGAAGAAGCUCAGCGACAAGAAAAGCAACAUCGGCAGGAGAAACAACAAAAUCAAGAAAAGGAAAAUCAACAAGAAAAACAAUUGCAAAAAGAGAAACAACCACAGCGGCGUGACAAGCAGCUGCCGCAACAACAACCUCAACAACGGAAACGUGAUAAGCCAUCGCAGCAGCAAAUCACUGUACCUUCUGUUAACGACAUUGGCACUGCAUCAACUGCAUCAGUAAAAGUAGGAGUUACGACCGGUAAACAACCACCAUUUCAGCAGAGCCGUCGAGAACACGAUAACAAGACCGAGGUUGAUGUGGCGGAAAAACGAUUACGUGCCGAGUUCGAUGCUUCAGUGAAAACGUUACGGGCAGAGUAUGAAAAAGAGUCAAAGGUAUUGCGAGCUGAACACGAAUCAACAACUAAACGUUUACGUUUGGAAAAUGAAAAUUUACGAGCUAAAAAUAGUUCAGUGACCGACCGUUUGCGUACCGCUGAACGUGAGACGGCGGCAACAAAACGCCUCCGAGCAGAGCACGAUGCAGCAGUGAAAGCAUUGAAUGCGGAACGUGACGUCCAGCUGGUAGAAUUACAAGCUAAGCACGAUGCGAUGAUGAAUGAAUUACGCACGGAACUUGAAAACCUACGACAGACCGCAUCUCAGAAUUCGCAAUUGACUAAUAAGGCUGUUGUUGAAGUUACGCACAAUGAAGAUAAGACAGCAAUUCAAAAUGCUGGCGUGGUCAACAAAGAAAACAAGACUAUCGUAACCCAGGAUCCCCGUGAAGAAAACGAAAAACUUCGCAAGGAGCACGAGGCGGCGAUUCGGAUCCUACGUGAGGAAAAUGAGAAACUUCGAAAGGACCACGAGGCUGUAAUUCGAGGACUGCGUGAAGAAAAUGAUAACUUGCGCAUAAAACACGAAACUUCAAUGAAGAAUUUAUGGACCGAACAUGAAACUGUUAUCGAAGGCGUACGUGCGGAAAAUGAAACUGUCCAGCGAUCUGCAAUGCAAAGUCUACGAGCGGAACACGAGGCGAUGAUUGGAGCUUUACAAACUGAGCAUGAGACCUUGGUUCAAAAAUUGCGCAAUGAAAAUGAUAUACUACGCAAACGACAAGAAACUACUAUGCAAAGUAUGCGUGAGCUCAAAGAUCAUAUGCGUACGGAGCAUCAGAAUGAAAUCCGUAGUAUGCGAGUAAAAAACGAGAAUAUGGUCAAAGAACAUAAGAUUGCAAUGCAAGGUCUAAUUGAGGAAAAGGAACGUCUACAUACUGAACACGAGAAAGCAGUUUUAGAUCUGCGUAAGAAAAACGAGGAUUUAAAAAAGCAAAAUGAGGAUCUACGUUUGAAGUUGGAGACCACUAUUAAAAGUCUGCGAAUUGAACACGAGACCGCGAUCAAGGUGUUGCGGGACGAAUACGAGGCUGCGGCGGAAAAAUCACGUCAUCUCACCGAACAAGAUGCCGCAGUGAUUGAAGAGUUGCGUGAGCAACAUCGAACUGAAGUCGAGAGGCUCCAACGUCAAUUAGCUGAGGAGGAGCAAAAGCGUACCACUAUAGCAGCGUGUCCGCAGACAACCAAGGAUCUUGACUCAGACAAGAUUGAGACAUUACAGAAGCAAAACAAAAUUCUAAGCUCCACUGUUUAUCAUUACAAGCAGAUUAUCACUGAUACGGAACAAAUGCUGAGCCGGUUGCAUGGACAUGUAGAACGUGAAGAGUCGAGGUGGUCAGCUCAUGCAGAAGACCUGCAGAAACAGUUAGAUGAAGCCCUCAGUCAAUUGAAUGCCCGUAAUCUACAAAGUAGAAUUAGACAAAAGAGUCAAAAUAACAGCGCAAAUGAAGAGGGAGACUCUGAGGACGAAAGUGAAGUUAUAGCAGCGGCGGUGAAAUGAUUGUAUAAUGUUCUAACUACAGCAGCGAUAGCGAUUAAAUAUUAUUAAUUUUUAUGCAUAAUUCUUUUUGAAUUUAUUGCCCACAACUGAACUUUGACUGGGAUGUUGAUAAUAAUAAUAAUUGUAAAAAAAAAAGACAAUAAACCGUGCGCAUGCGUAGGUCGCAUAUAUCAUACCUUUUUUUAAAUUGUAAAUGAUAAUAAUAAAGUGAUUAUUUAAUACUAAUUAUUAUACAACAAUAUUAUUUACCAUAUUUAAUGUUAUGUGUAAUUAACUGCUAUUUCGAUAUUGUAAAUAUAUAUAUAUAUAUAUUUUUUUUUUUAAUUGCUAGCCACUACCACUUUGUGAGUCAACGCAUUUAUCCUCCGUUUUUCACUGGUGGUGGUAGUUAUUGCCUAUUAUCCAUAAAUGUAUUUGUUUUUUACUUACUUUUUUAUUAUUAUAUAAUUUAUUGUAUUAGGUACAAGACACAACUCCUAAGUUGAUUGUUGUGUAUUACGGCUAUUCUCAUCUGGUUAUUAUCGUGUGUGUACCUGUUUAUAUUAUUACUUAAACUGCUAUAAUAGUAUUGUGUACAUGUAGUUGUAAUAUUAAUAUCAUCAUUGCCUUGUGCAUUACUUACAUACGUUAUGCAGUAAUUUUAUAUCCAUGUAUUACUCACUCACUUAAUUAUUUAUUUAUUACUUAUUAGUAUUAUUUAUUUACUGUAACAAUAUGUAUUCUCGUUUACUUAUUAGUUAUUAUUUGUAUUAUUUUUAUGUAUACCAUUACCUUUGGUAUGUACAAUACUAUAAUUGCUUUUUUAUAUAUAUUAUUUAUUAUACUAUUAUUGUUUAAUAUAUUACUACUAUGGGUAAAACAUCUUCUAUUUUUAUUAAAAAUGUAAGAUGCACUUAAUUUUACUAAGUUGUCAUAGUGUAUUUUAAAAUAUUUAGAAAAUUCGGUUUUUUUAUUUUCUCAAAUCAUUCAUUAUGUCUGAAAUCAUUUUUAUAAUAAUUAUAAUUAUAUAAUGGCAUUGGAGAAAAACAAACUUCAUGUACUUAUUUAUGUCAUUAAUAACAAAACAAAAAUGUAACAUUGUUAAAUUUAAUAUAUUAACUGAUAUACUUGUAGUAAUGUGUAUUAGUGUAUUACUUUUCACAUUACUCGUUAUAAUGUUGGUAAUAUAUUAUUUUUAAUAAUUUAUAAGAAAAAUAUUAAUUUUUGUAUGGAAAAUAAUAAAUAAUAUUAUAUUAUGUUUAUGUUUUACCAAAAUUGAUAAUUAUUUUGAUAUUAUAAUGUUGAUUUUCAAUUUUAUCAUAUUAUUGUAUAAGAUAUCUAAACUGAAUGAAUGUAUCAAUUUAAAAAUUAUUUGAUAAAAUUUAACAAAUAAUAACUGUAAAAACCACGCACUAUUAAAGCAAUUAAAAUUGUUUAUGUUAAGCUUAAUAAUGUUACUCAAUGUUAUAAAAUGAGAUAAAAAUAAAUAUAAUAUGAAAAUCA